UUUUUUGCAAACAUUUGUGUCAGUUGAAGCAAGCAAAUUAUCAAUUAUUUCUCUCAAUAGUAGUCAGCCAUUUUAAAAUAGGAAGCUGGCGGUUCACCGUUUAUUUGUAAAAAUUUUGUAACGUACCUAUGCAUUUAAUUUCACUUGCUACUUUUAUUUAAAAAAAAUAGUGAUUGACUCAAACAGACACAUAAGUAUUUAUUAAAAUAAGUAACUUGGGUGUUUUUAUUCAUACGUAGACCAUAUUCAUAUUUAGACCACGCUGUCGACAAACCCUUCGAAAUUGAAUAUAUUAGCUUGACUUGUAAUUAAUUGUUAUAACAUUGAUUUUUAUUGCAGUAAUACGGAUGAGUUACUACAAACCUAGUUUCAGUCAGGCCGUAGCUAUGACGCGUGGCCGGGGUUUUAGUAUGUCAUAUCGAGGUGGUUCAGGUCGUUCUCCAUGGGGUGGAUCAGACAGAAGCCGCUCAGGUUAUGGAUCUUCAAGAGGCGGCCCUGGGGGCGGAAGUGGGGGUCGAUUUUCUAACUCAUUCUCAAGCUCUUUUGAUUUUAGACCCUCUGAACGUUAUUCAGGUUCAAGACAUGAAGAUUAUCACAAAUCUUAUCGCAUGGAACCCAAUCAGAGUUAUUCCAGUCGUGAUCAUCGUUCGCCAGAGCGAAAAAGAAUGAGACCUGAGACGUCAAGUUCUCAUCGAAGUCACGACGGAUUCGGAGGUGGAGGGGAUAGCUAUGGAAGCGUAAGACGUCCGGGGGGCGGCGGAUAUCCUGAGCGCCGGAGCUUUUCUCGUGAAAGAGACCGGCAUGUUCCUUCAUUUUCACACAACCGAGACAGUUUCCGUAAGCCCCCAGUGCCCAGCAGCACCCCGCGUGGCUCUUAUCGAGGUGGCGGCGGUGGUGACCGUCUGAGCUCGCGGGGAUCGCGUGGCACGCGUCUGCGCGGCGGACCGCGCAGUCGUCGCAUGCUUGAUAACGGAGGAUAUGGUGGCGGAGGCCUGCGCAGGAGACUCACACGAUCGUCCGAAUUCGCGCGGAAAUUGAGAAUUAAUAAAAUGAGGAGGAUUAAAAUAGCAAUCGCACGUCGUCGCGCUCGCGAAAGAGAUCGCGCUCUCUCUCCUAAAGAUUUGGACAAGGAAAUGAAGAAAGAAAAAACAGAUGAUGAAAAAUCAGAAACCGAGGACGAACCUAACAAAACUGGAGCGUCAGAAAAAAGUCCAAAGAAAGAAGAUGCAAAAAGUGACAAGGAAAAGAAAAUCGAUGGUACUGCUUCUGAUGGAGACGAUAAACAAACAUCAUUAUCUCCUCGACGCAAAGAGUUUAUCAAACUCAUUUGUCCUCAUUGCAACAUACGUUGCAUUACGUUUGGAAAGUACACUUUACAUUUAACAAGCAGCAAGCAUGUUUUAGCUAUGAGAAGAGUUGCAAAUAAGCAAAAAUCAAUUUUGGCAAGAAUGCGAUUAGCUCAAAGGAAUACGCAAAGGGAAUUAGAGAAAAACGCAGAUGAUUUGGCUCCCCGUACUAACUUUUGCCCCCUUUGUAAGUUAAACUACAAACUACCAAAAGCGACUCACCAAGCAUCCGAUUCGCAUAAGAGUAUGAAGAAGUUCUUGAUGCCCUAUUGCAAGACUUGUCACAUUACCUUCAAAAGUCCCAUUGCUUUUGAGACCCAUCUCUGUUCAAUAGAUCAUAUCAAGCGUAAAGCACGCACUGAAAUGAAUGGGGAAAAAACGGAGAAUGAGUCAGACAAUGAAGAUGAUUUAGAAAAUUUCAUGACGAUCGAUUCCGUGGGAGAAUUAGAUGAAGAGACACCUGAAGGCAAAAAGGAACCGGAAGGAAAAGCGAAAGAGAAGAUAAACGUAGGUAUCGAGCACAUAAGCAAGGUAGAGGUUCAUUAUUGUGAACUGUGUAAGAUGUAUUUACCUCGAGUGGCCGAAGUAGAAGUUGAAACAAUGUUUUCAAAACAUUGUCGACAACGCAUUCAUAUGCAAAAAUAUAUAAGGUACAAGGAGGACAAAGAAAUACAGAAUCGGGCUGAAAAAUUACAAAGAAAAGAAACGGCCGAGAAGGAGAACCGUGAGAAAAAGCAGAAGGAGGGUGAUGAAGAGGAUACUACAGAAAAGGCUUCAAGUGAACAAAAGAAGGUAAAGGAAUGUAAGGAAGAAGAGAAAAAAGACAAAGACUGUUCCCUGGUUGAAGAAGAAGAAGGCGAAGAUAAGUUAUGGGCGGAUGUAGACAAGGACCUUGGAGACAUUCUAAGGGAGGCUGAAUCCGGAAAUAAAAGUUCAGACGAAGAGGAUGACGUGAACGGUCGUUAUGACAGGUUCAAAUAUAGUGAGAAGAAUGGAGAAGAAGGUGGCAAAAAAGAAACGGAAGAAGAAACUAUUGCAAAAACCAAGGAAGAGGGAGAAAAUAAAAAUGGAUCCGAAAAUUCUUAGAGGAAUAGUAAUGCAUUCAUUAUUGAAGUCGCCUAUAUAAGGGUCAUUUUACUCAUAUAGGCAGUACGAUCGAGUAUAAAUCACAUGUUCUGUAUUAAGUUUAUGAUAAUAUUACAGUUUAGGUUAAAGUUAUUUUUUAUUUUAAAUUGAAAGCAUACUAUACUUAACUGCUAUUAAUUAUUGUUAGAGUAAUUGUUUGCUGUGUAAUAUGUAAGGAAAUAGUAAUUAAUAAAUGUGGUUUGUAUUAA